CUUUGAUGAUGCAGUGGAGGAACGUGUGAUCAAUGAGGAGUAUAAGAUAUGGAAGAAGAACACUCCCUUCCUCUAUGAUCUGGUGAUGACCCAUGCCCUGGAGUGGCCCAGCCUCACUGCCCAGUGGCUUCCUGAUGUCACGAGACCUGAAGGCAAAGAUUUCAGCAUCCACAGGUUAGUCCUGGGCACACACACCUCUGAUGAGCAGAACCACCUGGUGAUAGCCAGUGUGCAACUGCCCAACGACGAUGCGCAGUUUGAUGCUUCACACUAUGACAGUGAGAAAGGAGAAUUUGGAGGCUUUGGAUCAGUUAGUGGAAAAAUUGAGAUUGAAAUCAAGAUCAACCACGAGGGAGAGGUGAACAGAGCACGGUACAUGCCCCAGAACCCUUGUAUCAUUGCCACCAAGACUCCAUCCAGUGAUGUCCUUGUCUUUGACUACACCAAACAUCCUUCCAAACCAGAUCCCUCUGGAGAGUGUAACCCUGACCUGCGUCUCCGUGGGCACCAGAAGGAAGGUUAUGGAUUGUCCUGGAACCCAAACCUCAGUGGGCACUUGCUUAGUGCUUCUGAUGAUCAUACCAUUUGCCUGUGGGACAUCAGUGCUGUUCCAAAGGAGGGCAAAGUGGUGGAUGCAAAGACCAUCUUCACAGGACAUACAGCAGUGGUGGAAGAUGUAUCUUGGCACCUGCUCCAUGAAUCCCUGUUUGGAUCUGUUGCUGAUGAUCAGAAGCUCAUGAUCUGGGACACUCGGUCAAACAACACCUCCAAGCCUAGUCAUUCCGUGGAUGCUCACACAGCUGAAGUCAACUGCCUCUCCUUCAAUCCCUACAGUGAAUUCAUCCUGGCCACAGGCUCAGCUGAUAAGACUGUUGCUCUGUGGGACUUGAGGAACCUAAAACUGAAGCUUCACUCCUUUGAAUCUCAUAAAGAUGAAAUAUUUCAGGUUCAGUGGUCUCCCCACAAUGAGACCAUCCUGGCCUCCAGUGGCACAGACCGAAGACUAAACGUUUGGGACCUGAGUAAAAUUGGGGAAGAGCAAUCCCCUGAAGAUGCUGAGGAUGGGCCCCCAGAGCUCUUGUUCAUUCACGGUGGUCAUACUGCAAAGAUAUCAGAUUUCUCCUGGAAUCCCAACGAGCCCUGGGUCAUUUGUUCUGUAUCAGAAGAUAAUAUCAUGCAAGUCUGGCAAAUGGCAGAGAAUAUCUACAACGAUGAAGACCCUGAAGGAAGUGUGGAUCCAGAAGGUCAAGGAUCCUAGAUGACAACUGUUGCCUGUUCUUAUUCUUUUUCCCUUCUCUUCCCUCUCAGCCCCGAGAUUGACUUAACACUGGUUUUGAGACACACGUUAGACUUCGUGUUCAGCCAUCCUCCUCCUCUAGAUCCCAUCCCAGGAUUUCUCACCCAGCCAGGGAGUUCCCACCCCAAACA